UUGCGCUGUUUAAAGUUAUCUGCAAUAUCAGUAACGAAAGAAACCGUAUCUUGUCACUUAUAAUAAUUACUUUAAUUUUACAAUUUAUAUAAAAUUACAUUAAUUUUAUCAAUUUAUUAUUUUUCAUUGUAGUAUUAUAUAAACAAUAAUAUUAAAGAAAUUAUAAUUAUGGUACAAAAUCAAAUAAUUAAAACUGUGAAACCUACCACUUGCCUAUAUCGCCAAAAUGUAAAACCCAUGAAAAGUGUUAAAAUAUCAAAAAGUGGUAUAGAAGAAAUAAAUCCAAAAUACUUGCAACGUUCAAUUCGUGCAAAUCCAUCAAACAAGAAAAAGGAUAAUAUAAAAUUAAAUGUUGUAAAAGAAAAAAAUAAGGAAGAGAAUGAGGAGAAAAAAAUAUCAAAUCCUGAAAAAGAAUUGAAAAAGGAAGAGAAUAAUGAGGAAGAAAAAAAAUUAGAUGUUAAAGAACAAUUGGAAAAGGAAGAGGAUAAGGAAGAAAAAAAAUUAGAUGUCAAAGAAGAAUUGGAAAAGGAAGAGAAUAAGAAAGAAAAAAAAUUAACUAUUAAAGAAGAAGUAGAAAAGGACGAACAGAAAUUAGAUAUUGAAGAAGAAUUGAAAAAAAAAGAAAGUGCUAUAACAUCUACCAAAGAAAUUUUUAAAAGAAGAAGAAUAGAGGAACGAUUGGCAAGAGAACGAAAAGAGAAAGAAGAAAGAGAAAGAUUCGUAAAGGAAGCUGCUGAGAAAAAAGCAGCGGAAAGGGAAGAAAUAAUAAAACAAGCAAAAAGAUUCAUUUUUUACAAAAAACCGAUGUGCAAACAAAUUAAUCAAGGUCUUCUGGUUUCUGAGUGCUUUAGAGAAUUGGAUGCUCAAAUAAAAUUUCGAGAAACUCUUAAAAAAAUAGAUAAAGAUGAGGAAGAUGCCUAUGUGAAUAAAUUGAAAGAAGAUGUAGCAAAGUACGAAGAAGAAACGAAAGAAAAGAUGGAAAAGCAGAGGGAGGAAAAAAGAAAUUAUGCUACCGAAUUAAAGAAACAGUAAAUUUUCACACACAUCCAUUUAUUAUAUAUGCGUAUAUAUUCACUUCAAUAGAAUAAUUGUUUGUUAAUUUUUAGAAUAGAAGAAAUUAAAAAUAUC